AUGUCAUUCGGGUCGGGUUGUAGCCCGAUUGGUUCACCUUCACACCCACAUUACUACCAUUGUUCACCUAUCCAUCACUCUCGCGAGUCCUCCACUUCUCGGUUCUCCGACCGUGCUCUCCUCUCUUACAAGUCAGUCCGAGAAGGAAGCGUUCGCCGCCGGUACGAAACAGACGACGGAGACGACGAAACAGAAGCCGGAGACGACGACCCUUUUCGUACUAUCCGCCUCUACGCUUGCUUGAUCCUCUCAUUGAUCCUCUUGUUCACAGUGUUCUGUCUCAUUCUCUGGGGAGCUAGCAAAUCCUACCCACCUAAAGUUGUCGUAAAGGGAAUCUUGGUGAGGAACUUGAACGUUCAGGCUGGUAAUGAUAUGAGCGGAGUACCAACGGACAUGAUGUCUUUUAACUCAACGGUCAGGAUCUUGUACCGGAACCCAUCAACUUUCUUCGCCGUCCACGUCACUGCUUCACCUCUUCUUCUUCAUUACUCUAAUCUCCUACUCUCCUCCGGUGAAAUGAAGAAGUUCGCGGUGGGUAGGAUGAGCGGAGCGAGCAUAGUUACGGUGGUGCAUGGUCAUCAGAUUCCACUCUACGGUGGUGUCUCUGUCCAUGUCGAUACACUCUCACUGCCCCUUAAUCUCACAAUCGCCCUCCGUUCCAAAGCUUACAUUUUGGGACGACUCGUCACCUCCAAGUUCCAUACAAGGAUCAUUUGCUCCUUCACUCUUAAUGCAAACCAUUUCCCCAAACCCAUCUCUCUUCUCCACUCAUGUAAUGACCACUGA